GAUGUCCCUGAGGGCGACGGGCAGGGCGCCGCGGUGGGCUCUCGAUUCGAGACCGCGGUUCGGGACUUCAUCGACUCGGAAGUCAUGUUGAACUUCGACUACAUGUCCGUGGACGCCAUGGGGGACGGCGCCACCGCCACAGGCAGCCCACCGUGGGUGGCCCUAUGCCGCGACCUGAGCCUCCUCGGUUACGACCUCCACCUGGACGACGGCUGGGACCGCCUCGGCCUCUGCAAGAUGGAAGGCCCGGCCCCCGACAAGGCGCUCGUGCUCCGCCGCGCCGGGCUCCUGGGCGACCUGCUUCACUCCGUCGCGGAUGGGCCCUUGACGGAGCCUGAGCGCGAGAUUAAGCGCAAUUGGAUCUCUCGCGCGACCGAGGCCCACCAGCAGUGCCUCAACGAGCUCAAAGAGGUCCUCCGGGUGCGGAAGUUGCAGAAGGUCGCCAAGGACAGGCUCCCACGCUGGGCGGAGGCUGAGCCGGCGGUGGUGGAGCACUUGGUGCACGAGGCGGGUAUCCCAUGCACUUGUCUCCUCAACCUCUCGCGGAUCAUCCGCGCUCGGCCCCCGACGGCCGCCACGCACAUCUUCCCAUCGCCGGAAGAUGCACGAGACGUGUCCGGGAAGCUUCUGCAGGGGGGCGACACCUUUCUCCAGACGAUGGCGACGAUGGCCGGCCGCGGCAUCAUGCUGUGGGCGCCCGGGGAGAAGGAAGACCUCGGCCGCUUAUGCGGUGGCGUGGCCAAGGCCGCCAUGCAGGGUGUCCCGCUCAACUUAUUCGUCGUCGUGCCGCUCGAUCCGCGCCCCGGAUGCCAUUCGCCUUGGCAGUUCGGGGACACGUGGACACAUGACCUCCUCCAGGCUCAGAGCAGGUGGGCCCCUUUCGUGCAGACCAUCUCGUUCAGCCACGAGCCUAUGAAGAUCGUCGUCUCCGGCCUGCACGCGCCGAUGCACCAGAUCAAGAGCCUCUGCAUGGUCCACUUGAGCUCGACCAGUGGCUCCGGCACAUGGGGCAUGAUGCGUUCCCGCGGCCUCAUCGGCAGCGUGCCCGACGCGCCGAUGGUCGUCCUCGAUAUCGCCGAGAAGGACGAGCUGACUCUGCUCGGCUUGCUCGGCCAGGUCCCCCGCGAUUUUGUGACCAGCUGGCAGGGGCCUGCGAAGGCGGCGAGCUCCACGCCACAGGAGAGGCGCCUGCUCUACACGGGCAGGCUCACGCAGGGGGGCAACUGGGCGGCCAGGGUUUCUCUGUUGCGCCUCAAGGCGAUCUUCGAGGCGAUGGACGUCAUCAUCGGCUUGUACACGACUUACAGUUUGAAGGAGGCCGUCUUGAUUGACAUUACCCGGCCGGCGGCGGCCAUUAAGGUGCAGGAGUUGCUUGAGGACGCGGUCUUGGUGUCGCCCAGGCUCCUCCUAGCCCGCACGACGGCCUCUGAAAUCCAGUGGCGUGCGGCGGUGGACAGCGCCUUCCAGGACAACGACGACGCCUACGUCGAGAGGGUGCGCUACCGUCCGUCGUCUGGUGGCGGAGUGCUUGCGAUGGUACCGGCACUGGCGGAGACGAGGGCCCUCAGGCGCAAUGCCAACCGUGCGCCCGAUGGCCGCGAACUUCAAGUGGUGCUCCGCUUCAGCGGCGAGCUCGUUGGAGGACGGUUCUCGGAGGUGCACACCUUCAUGGCGUUGGCGCGGGAGGCUGCUGGACUCCCCCUCCACCCGCAGGCUGUGGAGGAGCUGACCACGGUGUACCAGUGGAAGCCUCUUGUGGAUGCACGCGCUGGCUGGCGUGGGGACGUGCUGCUCCAGGUGCGGCAUCGCGAUGAGGUGAAGGACAUGUUCCAGCGCCUGGAGGGGAAGGCCAUCGAUGUCGCCGGCCAGGGCAGGAUCGUGCUCGAAGUGAUUCCUCAUGUAUCCCUGCUGGAGAUGGUGCGGGCGGCCGGGGAGGACAUGCUCGCCCUGCAGGAGACCCAUGGCAACCUGGGCAAGUGCGCCAGCCUUCGCACUCCCUCCGACUGCCAGGCCUUUUGGUCGCACGGGGCUGCGGGAGGUGCGGGCGUUGGGCUCUGGAUCAAGAAGCGCUUUCUCGACGCCCUGCAGGGCAACCAUGGAGGACACGACUGGUUGGAACCGGUCCCAGGUCGCGCCGCGGUCUUGCGCUGCUGGGGGGGCGCUGGGCGUCUGCAGAUUGGCAUCGUGUACCUGCGCACGGGCAACAGCGGUGGCCGGCGAGAGCGCAUUUCGACGAUCCGUCAGUUGACCGAGGUGAUGGCUUGUUGGGGUCAUUCGCUGCAGCUGGUCGUGGGGGACUUCAACUUUGUGGUUAACGACGAAGACAGGUUGAGCGGCGAUCCCCCGGCCUUCACGGGAGGGGGCGAUGCGGCCGAGGCCAAGGAAGCGGACGCGCUGUUACGUCGCCUGCACCUCGCCGAGUUGGAGCAGCCCGAGUACACGUAUCGCUUCGCUGACUGCCGUUCGCGCCUGGACCGCAUCUACACCAACAUGGAGCGCUGGGAGUGGCUGGACCGCGACAUCGGGAGCGUGGCGCUCGAGUGGCACGAUUACACAUCGCGUCGCCGCCCGGUUGCAGGUUACCGCCGCGGCGAACACCCCGCAGACACAGAUGAUGGAGAGCGCCCUCUAGACGCCCGCGAUGUGGGAGGCCCUCAGUGGCGACGCCGUGUCAAGAUCGAUUAUCUUGCGCGGCUUCGGGAUGUUGACGGCAACGCCACUGGUAUUCAGCGCCUGCUGCACCUGAAGGCGUCGAUCACAAAGGUCACGGUCCAGAUCCGCCGUGAGCGUCCGCGGCAACCCGCCAGACUCACGUCGAAGGACAAAUUGGCUUGGGCAAUGCGCUACCUUCGCGCCGUGGAGGGGGGGCACUCCCGACGAGCGGCGGAGACUCUGCAGGCGUUCCCGGAGCUGGCAGAUCGCGCGGCUGCGUGCAGGCGCGGGCACCGAAACGGAGACUUCACGGACUGGUUACUGGACCUCGCCCGCUCGGCCGUCACUGAGGACCUUGCCGAGGUGCGCCGGAUGCAGGAAGAGGGGGGCGACUUAGGUGCCAGACGCGGCAAGGAGAACAUCAUCCGCCAGCUUAAACGCCUACACGGGGGUGAGACAGGGACGAUCAAGGCCAUGAGGGACAGGUGCGGCAAGGUAUACACCGAGCCCGCUCGCAUGGCGCAGCUGCUGCAGGAACACUGGGAGGAGGUCUUCACCUGUCAGGGGAUAAACCGGGAGCUGUUGACCAGCUGGCUGGAGGAUGUUUAUCCGCCAGCCACCGCCCAUGAGCAGGAACGCAAACGCGAUGCAGACGGAGUCGGGGCCUGGCGAGGGGGCCUGCCUCCGCCUGGGUCCCAGGCGUGGGAGGUGCGCCGCAAGGACCUUGAGCGCGCCAUCAAAAUCAGUAAGAACACCGCUCCUGGGCCUGACGGGUUGCCCUACAAGGUGUGGCGUGAGUUGGGAGACUUUGGGCUUGAUGUACUUUGGGACGCCAUGCAGGACCUUCAUGCUCCUGAGGCUUUGCAGCUGUUGCAGGAGGCGUACGAGGGCGACCACGAGUUCAACGCUGGGGUACUGGUCUGCCUGCCGAAGGCCCCCGUUGGGGCCACUGACGAUGGAGAGCAGGUGUAUGACGCGUCCGGCACGCGCCCUCUCUCGAUAGUAAAUACUGAUAAUCGGCUGAUGUGUGGGGCGGCCCGGAUACGAUGGGAAAAGAUGUUCAGAGCGUGGGUGUCCAACAUGCAGAAGGGCUUCAUCCGCGGGCGCUCCAUGCUGAGCAACGUCCUCACCAUCGACCACGCUGCCAUGAAGAUCAGUCUGCAGUGCUCUCGCGGCGCCCUGGUCCUCUUUGACUUCGCAGCGGCCUUCCCAUCGGUCGAGCGCGAGUUUCUCUUUACUUACUUGCGGUGGUUGGGCAUGCCCGACCGGCAGCUGCACUUCGUGGAGACGCUCUACGAUCGCACCCUUGCCGCUGUCCGGCUUGCUGGCCAUGACGGCCACCGCUUCCUCAUGACGAGGGGUAUUCGCCAGGGGUGUCCGCUCCCCCCUUUGAUUUUUGCGGUGGUGGUGGACGUGCUGCUUCGCAAGCUGUCGCGGGCAUUGGGGCCGCCAGGGGCUGUUAGAGCCUUCGCUGAUGACGCGGCGGCGGCGAUGGCCGACCUCUUCGGGGCGCUGCCAUCCGUCGCUCGGCUGUUCCACGAGUACGCCGGCAUCUCUGGGCUUGCCCUGAACUACGCGAAGACGGUGGUGAUCCCUCUCUGGCGACAGGAGGAGUACCCAUACGAAGAGCUCAGGCCUUUCCUGCAGGCGUUGGAUUGGGGGCAGGUGCAGUUGCAAGGCGCUGCCAAAUAUCUGGGUUAUCUGGUGGGCCCUGCCCGCGACGAUUCCGCUUGGGCCAAGGCCGUGGCGAAAUGGCGACAAAGGGCGGAGGCAUGGUCAGACAAAGCCCUUGGCCUACAGUACACGGCAAUGGUCUAUAACGUCUUCUGCUUCUCCGUCCUCCUCUUCUUGGCGCAGCUGCAUCCGGUACCAGAGGCGGUCGCCGGGCAGGAGGAGGAGGUGCUUCUGGGGAUCGCCAAGGGCCCCGGAAACUGGGCUACGGCCUCCGACCUCUGGGGCAUGGGGGAGAGGUGCGGGAUUGGGCGGUCCUUUCACUGCCUGCGAGCACAUGGACAAGCGGCGAUGCUUCGCGCCCUCCACUUCGAAGCCUGGGAUGACGCGCCCGCCGACGUGGCCAAGGAUCUGCGCCGCGUACUCGACUCCACCACCUUUGGGGAGAGGUUCAUCUUCUGGCAGACCUGGUACCGGCAGUCCUUCGCAGAGGGCUUGGUGCAGAACGGGGAGCGCAUGGCCGCGAAGGGCAUCACCAAGGACACCAUCCGGGCGCGCCUCUGCAGAGGGGACGACAUCGAGCGAGACCGCGCGAUGCUGAAGGCCCACUUCCAGCGCGAGGCGGCCAAGCUCAAUCUGCCCCACUUUCUCGGUUGCUGGGACGCCCGGCUGGCGUACAAGCUGAAGCGUUGGCGCCUGGGGGAGUCGCGGCACACACUGGUCCGACGUCAGCGGGAGAGUCUGGAGCGGCUUGGGGGUCUGGUAGCGCCGAGAGUGGCUGCAGCAACAUGGGGCCUGGCAUGGAACAGAUGGUGCACGGCGCGCCGCUUUCAGGGUGCACGGGCGUGCGUGCUGGGCUGCGGCGCUGGCGCCGACAGUAUCGAACACUACGUGGGGUGCAGGGUAGGUCGCGCUGUGAGCGGCCGCUUCUUGAGGCUCCAGGGGGACUACGCCCGCCGCAUCCGCUGCCUCCUCGGCGUCGCGCGCUACGCCGACGACACCGAGCGCACCUGCUGGGCCGUCCUCGCUUACGCGCUGUACAUGGUCACGAACCGGAGGGGUGACGGCCGGCUCGCGCACAGACCCGUUUUCGCUCGCUGGCAGAGGCUCCGGUGGGCCAUCCAGGCGUAG